UGGCAGACAUCUUUAAGGUCGUAGACAACUAUGCUGUGUUUCAUUUGGAAAUAACUCCAAGCCAGAAAGAAAACAGGGCAUUGCGAAGGAAACUACAGCUACUGGAAACUGAAGUUGGCACGGGAGCGAGCAGAGGAAGACGUGAGAGCGUAGUGUAAAGAUCCCCAACAGAUACAGAGGCAUGUCAAGAGGUACAAAUUGCAGAAGGCAGAGUCUGCGCGGCCUGUCGUCGUGCAUAUAUAGCUCAGUGCCUGUCGCCUCGUUCACCUUUUGACGUGAUCAGAUUCAUUAUCGAGAAUUGGGUCUUGGUCAGUUUUUGGAUAGUAUGCAAUAAUUCCCCUGAUUACUUUGGUAUUUUUGUAUUUCAUUAGGAUCCCCAUUAGAUGUUGCAAAAGCAGCAGCUACUCUUCCUGGGGUCCACACAAAACACAAUACAGAAUGACAUAAUACAGAAUAUCAAUAGACAAGAACAGAACUAGGCUGCAGAACUUGCUUUUUGGAGUGUGGUGUCAAAAAGAACCUUCCAUUAAAAAACACGUUUUUAGUUCUAUUAGAUAGAUAGCACUGAAUCCAUGAUAUGGCAGAGGUUGAACGCCAUAACACAUACGUUUUUUCAACAACAGAUUAUGGUCAAUAAUAUUCAAUAAUAUCUCAAAUCUAACAGUACAACUCCCACAAUCAUGUUAUUAUACAUUUCUUUCAACCAAUCAUCAGUAAUUUGUGUCAGUGCAGUAUAUGAGUGCCCUUCUCUAUAAGCAUGCUGAAAGUCUGUUGUUAAUUUGUUUACAGAGAAAUAGCAUUGUAUUUGGUCACACACAUUUUUUCCCAACAGUUUGCUAAGAGCUGGCAGCAAGCAUAUAUGUCUGCUGUUAGAACCAGUAAAGGCCGCUUGACCACUCUUGGGUAGCGGAAUUACUUGGGCUUCCCUCCAGGCCUCAGGACAAAGACUUUCCUCUAAACUCAGAUUAAAAAUGGCUAUAGAGUCAGCUACCAUCCUCAGUACCUUUCCAUCUAAAUUGUCAAUGCCAGGAGAUUUGUCAUUAUUGAUCGAUAACAAUAAUUAUCUCUAGCCAGCACAAAGACGGAAUAUCAUAUUCUAACCAGGUUCUUGAUUACUGCACUUAUUAUUAUUUACUCAACAAAAAAUAUGUGAUGCAUUGAUCAAUAAAUAGUAUAUCAAGAAGUUAUGAGAAAUGUUGCCUUACAUCCUUGCCAAUUCUAGACAUUGUCAAUAGUAUGGAAUAGAUAUUAUGGAAUAGAUAUUGACACAAUAGUAUACCAUUGAGCAUUGACAGUAGCUAACCUAACUACCUCUUUUCCUUCUAUCACUCUCAGGUGGAGGUCUCACUGGAGGCCACAGGAGCUUUGUGAAGCCAAUGGGACACAAACCAUGGAGAGAUGGCCAACCAAUCACUGUUAUCCUGGGGUCAAGCUGGAGAGGUCAAGGACCUGACUCAGCACCAAGGAGGUGAAGGAAAUCUCACUGGAGGCUACAGGAGCUUUGUGAAGCUAGCGGGACACAAAACAUGGAGAGAUGAUCAACCAAUCACUGUUGAUGAGGGGAGUGGAAGCUCAACUCAGCACGUUAUCGUUAUAGAGCCUGCAGAUGCAGAGGCUGCAGGUCCUGGGGUCAAGCUGGAGAGGUCUGAAGGAGAGGAGGACCCAAGACACAGCAGAAACAUCCAGACGGGAGAGCCCACUGUAGCCACGGAGGACCCCACCACAACCCUAGUUCCGCCCAGGAUCCGACGCAGCAUCCCAGAGGACAGUGGAACGCAGAACACUGUCCUUAAGUCAGAGACAGACACAGAGACUUUAACUGUAACACAAAGGAUUUUGCACACAGGAUCUGACCACAGGUCAGACCCAGAGAUACUGGAGCUGGGGGGACUGGGCUGUCGUUCUGCUCCCGGCUCAGAGUAUUUACUUUACGGUAACCCGAGGACAGUUCUGUCCCAUCAGGACUCAGGUGACGCAUUACAGACUGGCAAUGAUCCAUCUUGUUCUUACACUGCAGAGACAGGGAUGAUACCUGGUGACAUGCCUGUGGGCUUAGAUACACAGACUAAUCCAAUGAGAGGGGACUGGAACCGGUACAGUAGUAGUGUGUACUCUGAAGACUGCCUGGAUGAGAAAAGGGAGGGUCUGGCCUUAGAUGAUGUGACUGUGAAAAUGGAGGGCGACGCUCCUCUGACAUGGAAUGAAGUCGAGACUCAUUUAGGAGAAGGACACUCGCAGGAUAACAGCAGUGACUUCUUAGACUACAGGGAAAACUUAGAGACAAAUCUAAAUGUCACAACCAACUCCUCUUUACACCCAGUGUCCAUGUCAAUGACACCUUCCGAUUCACAAGGCCUGUUCGAUCAGGUAUUGAACUCAAAUGACCAAAGGUCCAAGGCUCGGGGAGGGGGAGCAAAAAUUGGCAGUAAAGAGAAGCGGUUCCUUUGCAUGUUCUGUAAUAAAGGCUUCAGCUGCCCCCAGAAGGUGGAGAUUCACCAGAGGGUCCACACAGGGGAAAAACCCUACAGCUGUACCCAGUGUCACAUGCGCUUUGCCCAUGCUGGCAACCUGAAGAGGCACCAGAGGGUUCACACAGGGGAGAAACCCUACAGCUGUCCCCAGUGUGAGAAAAGGUUCUCCCAUCAGCACCAUCUGAAGAUGCACCUGAAGGUCCACACGGGAGAGAGGCCAUUCAGAGAGUAACUACCUUAGGAUACAGCAGCAGAAAAAACAUAGAAAGUAACCAUUCCACUUGAUAGCUUCUGACUUUGACAUCAAACCCUGAAUUAAAGACAAAGAUGAGUGUUGUCAACAGAAAAGAUCCACAGAUGCAUUUUGGAAUAAUGAGGGUAACAGAUUUCAGUGUUGAAUAUUCCUGGGUAGAAUAUUGCAUCCAGACAUUGUGAUAUAUAAGGCAUAUAUAAGCCUAAUGAGUCUGUUACAUAUUGUGUUUGUACUGUGUAGGAUAUAUGAUGUUCACAAAUUUCAUUCCUUCCAUUCAACUACUUGUUUUUUUGCCCAAGACACUUUUAAUGAGUAUACUAAUGCAGUCUAUCAAGUUCAUGCAGAUGUAUGUGCGGUUUUCAUAAGGUGAAUUUAAAACGUGUAUGUUUAAUAAAUAAACAUUUUGACUUUG